CUCUGUGCCGAUGCUUUCUGUGUGUAGGCGUUCUUCAACGUCCCUUCGCCAGAAGGACAGAGUGUGCCUCAGUCUUUAGUUAUCCGCUUGCUUCGAUCUGUCACUGUAAUUCAUGGGGUUGGGUCUUCUGGAAAAAUAGCAACUCCAUAUGAGGUAUCUGAGCAUCCUCCUGCAAGAAAUCAGCAGGUACGGAAGCAUUUGCCCGAUACUUCCCACCAAGUCUCAGAGCUGCCUGACCAAGAGCUCAGGGACCCCAGCGAGGCCAGCUGCGUAAAUCUCUUGGCUUUGCAUCUGGUUCCCAGCAGACCUGUUAUGUCUCUACUUCUAACAGGAAGAUUAUAAAGUGCUGGACUUCAUGGGCAGAACAAGAGAUGCUUCUUACGAACACAGGAACAGAUGAGAGGAGACACAGGCUCUGGAGCUGUGGGUGGACAGUUUUCUCCUGGAGUCAUUAUGUUCUGCAAUACCAGCACUCCUGGUCACUCCACCUUCCUCCUCACUGGCUUUCCAGGCCUGGAGGCCUCCCAUCACUGGGUUUCCAUUCCCAUCAACCUCAUCUGUGUGGUUUCCAUCCUGGGCAACAGCGUUAUCCUUUUCCUGAUCCGUACGGAUCCAGCCUUACAUGAGCCCAUGUUCAUCUUCCUGUCCAUGCUAGCAGCCUCUGAUCUGGGCCUCUGUGCCUCCACCUUCCCCACCAUGGUGCGGCUCUUCUGGCUGGGUACUCGGGAGCUGCCCUUCGAUUUCUGUGCAGCACAGAUGUUUUUCAUCCACGCCUUCACCUAUGUGGAAUCUGGUGUGCUAUUGGCCAUGGCCUUUGAUCGCUUCAUUGCCAUCCGGGAUCCUCUGCAUUAUGCCACCAUCCUGCCUCACUCAGCAGUGGCCAAAGUUGGGGCUGCUGUUCUGGUGAGGGCCAUCCUGCUCAACCUUCCCGGACCCAUCCUUCUGCGGCGUCUGAUCUUUCCUCAGAUCAGUACCCUCUCCCACUGCUACUGUCUGCACUGCGACCUCGUGGGACUGGCUUGCUCAGACACCCGCAUCAACAGCCUGGUUGGCCUGGUUUCCAUCCUCCUCUCACUAGGCCUAGACUCCUCCCUCAUCAUGCUGUCCUAUGCUCUGAUCCUACGGACUGUGCUGGGCAUUGCAUCACCCGGGGAAAGGCUUAAGGCACUCAAUACGUGUGUCUCACACCUCUGCAUCGUUCUCAUCUUUUAUUUGCCCAAGUUGGGGCUGUCCGUGCUGCACCGAGUGGAGAAACACAGCUACCCAGCUCUGGCCGUGCUCAUGGCUAACCUGCACUUCUUGGUGCCACCCUUCAUGAACCCUGUGGUCUACUGUAUCAAGUCGAAGCAGAUCCGUCAGGGCUUCUUAAGGCGUUUCCAGCAGAAGAGGGUUGAUAUUUCCUAAGACGGAAGGAUCCAGAAAUAUAUGACCUCAGUGGACCACUAUGAAUCUGGGGGAGGGGAAGGUGUAGAGAAUGAGGCCUUUGAAUGCUUUGUCUUAACUGUUGAGUUCUUUGUGGGACCCUCCUGACCUCUAUAGUUAAAGACUUCAGACGCUGAGCAUGUUGGAGCACUGCAGUGAUAAUCUUUUUCUUGUUUUAUUAAACCAGAGGUGAACUA